GUUAAUAACAAAACCAGUUGAAUUUUGUGGCCGACGUACCUAUCCGAAGGAUCUUUUGAAUUGUUCCUGCUGUAAUAUAACUGCAGAAAUAUGGGACACCUCAACAUCCCAGACAACAUUGGACUAAUAGUUUCCAGUUAUCUGGUAUCCUUAAUAUUUUUACCGCUGUUCCUGUUUCUUAGCAUAUUUUUUUAUGUAUUCAAACUCGUACUGCGUAUAUACCUUACACUGCGACAUGGACGUAAAUUUGUCGGACUUGUCCAAGGAGGUGAUUGCCUUUGGACGCUGGGACUCGCCCAUGAAUCAGCCAUAGACGUAGCCGUAAUAUUCACACUAAAAUCAGAGGAAAAGAAAGACCUCGCAGAAGAAUUAAAGAAAAGAAUAACUACACGGAUUUUGUCCAACAAACAAAAGUAUCCAAAAUUGAACAGUACAAUACAUGGUUUCUUUGGAUACGGAUAUAUGUUACGCAGUACUUCAACUGUAGAUGAUUUGGUAUCUACUGUAGAAAUUACAGAAGACAAUAGUAAUUACAGUAAAAGUAUUGAAGAGAUCUUUAGUGAAUGCGGUAGGCAACAUUUUCCUGUAAACAACACGUCAAUGUGGCAAAUGAUUACAAUUAACGCACCAGCUUCUUGGAAAACCAAACAGAACCUCAAACAUAACCAGUACCCAAUCCUAAUCAGGAUUCACCAUGUUAUUGGUGACGGUUUGUCUUUAACAACGAACCUAGUCAAUAUUUUUUCCGACGAACCAGUUGAUUUUACAAAAAAUUUAUCCCAAUCGAUGAAACAUUCAUUACCAAAAGAACCAUCUGCAAUCGAAAAGAUACUUCAAUUCCUACACGUGAUAAUGUUGACUCCUGGAUAUGUUUUUUUGAGGAAAUUCAUCAGAGAUGCCCCGCAGGAUGUUAAAAUUUUUAAACCAGCUCCAGCAGUGUCCGGAGAAAGGGAUUUUUAUUUUGUGCACGAUGAAAAGGUUCUUGAAACAAUUAAAAGAAUUAAAAAGAAUGUUGGUGAUACUGCAUUUAUUGAAAUUAUAUUCACAGUUUUGUCGAAGAGUUUCGAAAACUAUUUUGUAAAUGCUAAAUUGGACAUUCCUGAUGUAGCUAUCCAAGUACUACCUUUUAUAUCAUCCAUACCGAAAAAUUCAGAACAAACACAAUUAACCAAUAGUUAUUCAGUACUACGAUUUCCUAUACCUAUAUUAGUAAAAUCAGAUAGCCUACUAACUAGGUUAAAAGAAGUAAAAAAGUACAGAAGGUCUACAAGAAACAUCAUUGACUUUCAGGUGCGUCACUUUUGUUGGAAUUAUUUAUGUGGACUUUGGUCAGCAUAUUUUGUACUUCCACUGGAAAAAUUGGAGAAUCUAGCUAUGUGCUUUAGUAAUUUACCAGGUUGUCCAAAAUUGAAUGGUGUUGUUGGGUUCGAUAUUGAACAUAUUUAUUUUGUGCCGCCCCAAUAUACUACUCUGGGAUUGUUUGGAACUUUCUUUACAUACGAUAACGAAUUGCAUGUUUCUAUUGGGAUAGAUAAGAAGUUUUUCACAAAUAGGGAACAAUCAAGAAAGAUAAUUAACGAUAUUUUUGAAAAUAUAACACUUUUCGACGAAGAAACAAAUACAAAUAACAAAAUUAAUGGAAAUAAAUAAAGUUUUUUA